CUCGCUCGCUACGACCAAUCAACAUGAGAGAUACUUAGGACACGAGCUCCCGGUCCGCUAACAGGCUCGCCCGCGCGCCCGCGGCGUCGUCGGCCUGGAGCGCCUUCCAGACCGCCCGCAUGUCAGGGGAAUCGGGCGCGCCCCGGAGCAGUAGCGGCGCCGAGACGCGCUCGCGGUCCGCCCGCCGGACCAUGUGCACCGCUGCACGGUACGCGGGGUCGUGCGCCUCGAGCAGGAGCCCGGUCCAGACGAGCAACGACCCCUCGCGCCUGUGUGCAAAUCAACCGUCGCGUCGAUGGCGUCGAGGUCGGCGCGAUGCUUCGGCACGGCUUCGCGCCCGCGUUCCGGCUCGACCCAGGCCCCCCGCGCGGCGUCGUAAAAGGCAAGCCCCGGCACGUCGCCGAUCGGAGCGAGCGCCAGCCAGGCCGCGUCGGCGUGGGGCCGGCACGUUGACCAUGGCGCCUCGCCGGCGUCGUCGCCGGUUUCCGGCGCGUAGCGGCAGAGGCGCAGCGACGCCGACGAGACGUCUGCGCGUCCGGGCCGCGCCGCGCCCGGGCCGUCGACGACGCCGCGCGGCACGCGCGCCGCGUCCAGGAGCCGCGUCGCGAGGCGCUCCGCGGCAACGCAGCCCUCGAGGGCCGGCGCCGCUGCCCCGCAGUCGCGCGGCAGAGUCCUUCCGUGCUCAUCCCAGCGUAUGUCGACGUAGACCGCGGUCCGGCCGCCGUAGCCGCCGUAGAGCGUGUCAGGCCUUCCCGCAGCAGCGGUCGAGCCCCAGACACCCUGGAGCUGGUCGUCGGCCGUCAGCGCCCGCGCCCCGUCAAGCCAGAGUCCGCGAGCCCGUUACUUUCGACGAUCGCAUAGCCAUGCAUCCGCAGGCUCGCCAGCGCCGCGUCGGCGUCCGCGGCGUCCGCCAGCACGGGCGCGGCGCACGGCACGAACGUAUCGCACGCGUCCGCCGUGACCUGAGCCGCGCGCACGCGGUCGACGACCGCCGGGACGGUUCGCGCGUAGUGGUCGAGUGCGGUUGUUGUUGCUGUGGUGAGUAGGAGCAUGGCAGAUAGCUUCAUCCUUUGAUCACCCACUGCUAGGUGCAGCCUGCUUCAGUGCUUACUGGACAGCUGCAGGAAUUCACACGUUUGCGUUCCUGUCGCCACGAGACGGUAAUUACCUUCGUCUCGGACACGGCACCACGCCACCACUCACCCCCGUCUACUCGUUUGGGCUCGGUUUCAUUGCCUCUUG